UCGUCAACACACAACAGCUGAGUUCUCUUAGGAUGUUUUACAGAUUAGCUCUGUCUGCUAGCAGUACACUCACUCACAGACACACUCAUUUAAACUCCCAGCUCAGCUUCAUUCACAGGCCUGCUCAGUUAUGAACAUGACGCUGUUUUUAACGAGUUUUAUUUAUUUGGUGUUGUUAUGCAGUUGGAUAAGCUGUGAUAAUGACACAGAAGAGGACGAGCACGCUAAACACACAUACACGGUGGAGAUGUUCAAUGAUGCCGUCUCUACUGCUCCACACUUCGUCAUGUUCUACGCGCCCUGGUGUGGUCACUGUCAGAGGCUGCAGGGAACGUGGAAUGAGUUGGCAGAGAAGUAUAACAGUAUGGAGGAUCCUCCAGUGUAUGUUGUGAAAGUCGACUGCACAAAAGACACUAAGUUUUGCUCCAGUGAACAUGGGAUCCGUGGAUACCCAACCCUGAAGCUGUUUAAACCUGAGCAGGAGGCUGUGAAGUAUCAGGGUCCAAGAGACCUGCAGGCCCUUGAGAGCUGGAUGCUGAAAACCGUGCAGGAGGAACCUGAAGAGCCCCAGAGUGAACCCGAGGCACCCAAAGUCCCUGAACCCAAACAGGGCCUGUAUGAACUCACAGCCAAUAACUUCAAAUCACACAUCACUAAAGGAUCUCACUUUGUGAAGUUUUAUGCACCAUGGUGUGGGCACUGCAAAGCCAUGGCUCCAACAUGGGAACAGCUCGCCACCAGCUUUGAGCAUUCAGACAGCGUCAAGAUCGGCAAGGUGGAUUGCACACAGCAUUAUGAAGUGUGUUCAGAAAAUCAGGUUCGUGGUUAUCCCACGCUGCUCUUCUUCAGUGAUGGAGAGAAGGUCGAUCAGUACAGAGGGAAGCGCGAUCUGGACUCGUUUAAAGAGUUUGUGGAUAAUCAAGUGAAAGCUGCUGAAUCUAAAGAUGAACCUGUGAUUGAGGAGGAGCAGGUUCAAGAAAUCCCUCCCAGUGCUGAACCUGAAGAACAAGAGUCUAAUGUUCUGGUCUUGACUGAGAGCAACUUUGAUGAGACGGUUGCCAAAGGACUCUCCUUCAUCAAGUUCUAUGCCCCAUGGUGCGGUCACUGCAAGAACCUGGUCCCUACCUGGGAGGAUCUAUCUAAAAAGGAGUUUCCUGGUCUGACUGAUGUGAAGAUUGCUAAAGUGGACUGCACAGUGGAGAGAACACUCUGCAACAGAUUCUCUGUGCGUGGAUACCCAACACUCCUGAUGUUCCGGGCCGGGGAACAAGGGGAGGAGCAUAAUGGAGGGCGGGACUUAGAGAGCUUGCACAGUUUUGUCAUGAAGCAAGCAAGAGAUGAGCUGUAACUCUUCCCUCAAUGUAUCUCCCACGAUUCCUCUACAAAACAACACUAUCUUCAUUUAUUAUACUGUCAGAAGGACUGCUUUUUCUUCAUUUCUGUCCCACACCUGCUGAAGUGAGGACAAUCUCUUCCACAUGGUAAAAUGUGAAUGUACAUGAUUUAAUCUCGAGCAGUCGAUGAGAUUACUAGCAAAUACAACCAUACACGUUUGAUUGUGCCCUUCCUCCUUGAAAGAAACAGUUGUGGGUAUGAAAAAGACAUCUCUUCAGAUCAUUACAUCGUUUAAGGUGCAUAUUUUGUACAUGUCAAUUAUAUGAGGAAAUUAAUUUAGCUCAGUUCAUUAUGAUUAUCAACUAAGACUGAAAAUGACCUCAGGGAGACCCUCUAAAGAUUG